UCCCACCUUCUAAGCUCUCCCCAUUCCCCUGAGACAAAACAGAGUUACCCCAUCCGACCCAGCUUUUGUGCUUAUCCAUGGCUCUAAUGAAUACCCAGGAAGAAGAACCCUCUUCUUCCGACUUUAUGCCCCGUCCAUGGACCCACGACGUCUUCGUUAGCUUCAGCGGUGAAGACACACGUAAGGGCUUCACCGACCACCUCUACGCCGCUUUGAUCCGGGCCGGGAUUCACACAUUCAGAGACGAGAAUGAACUCAGGAGGGGAGAAGAUAUCUCCUUGGAGGUUCUGAAAGCAAUUGAAGAAUCAAGAAUUGCAGUAAUAGUUUUCUCCAGCAACUAUGCUUCUUCAAUAUGGUGUCUUGAUGAGCUGUUGAAGAUCCUCGAAUGCAAGAGAACCAUCGGUCAAACGGUUCUGCCUGUAUUCUAUGAUGUGGAUCCGUCGGACGUUCGGAAACAGAGUGGGACCUUUGCGCAAGCAUUUGCUAGGCAUGAAACUCGGUUCAAGUUGGAUACGGGGAAGGUGCAAAGGUGGAGGAAAGCUCUCACUGAUACAGCGAAUCUGUCUGGCUGGGAGUUGCGGAGCAUUGCAAAUGGGCAUGAGUCAAAAUUUAUCCAGAAAAUUGUUGAAGAGAUCUUAACUAAAGUAAAUCAAACACCAUUGUUUGUUGCCAAAUAUCCAGUUGGGAUUGCUUCUCGUGUGGCAAAGAUAAAUGAUUUGCUAGAUUUUGAGUCAAACGAUGUUAGCAUUGUUGGGAUUUGGGGCAUGGGUGGAGUGGGUAAGACAACCAUUGCUAAGGCCAUUUACAAUGUAAUAUUUGACAAAUUUGAAGGCAGCAGCUUUCUUGCAAAUGUUAGGGAAUCUUCAGAACAACCUAAUGGUCUAGUCCAUUUGCAAGAACAACUUCUUUUUGAUAUCCUACAGAAAAAAAACCUGCAAAUAAGCAAUGUUGCAAGAGGAGUCAACAUUAUCAAAGAAAGACUUCGAUGUAAAAGGGUUCUUAUUAUUCUUGAUGAUGUAGAUCAACUGUAUCAGUUUAAUGCAUUUUGUGGAGGUAGAAGAUUUGAUUGGUUUGGCUCAGGAAGUAAAAUCAUUGUAACCACUAGAGAUAAGGAUCUGGUAAAGCAAUUAGAAGUGGAUGAAGUAUUUGAAGCUGCAGAAUUGAGUUUUUCUGAAUCUCUUCAGCUUUUCAGCUGUCAUGCCUUUAGAAAAAACAGUCCACUGGAAAAUUACAUGGAGCUUUCAAAAAGUGUGGUGAAAUAUGUUGGUGGCCUUCCAUUAGCUCUUGAGGUCAUUGGUUCUUCCUUGUUUUGCAAAAGAAGCAUACCUGAAUGGGAAAGUACCCUAAAUAAAUUAAAAAGUAUUCGUCAUAAUCAGAUUCAAAAGAUAUUGAGAAUAAGUUUUGAUGGACUAGAUGAUACACAAAAGGAUACAUUCCUCGAUAUUGCAUGCUUCUUUAUUGGAAGGGAUAAGGAUGAUGCCUGUAGAAUACUUGAAGGUUGUGGUUUCUUCCCAGAAAUUGGAAUUAAAGAUCUUGUCCAAAGGUCUCUCAUAGCAAUUGAUAAUCAAAAGAAGUUAUGCAUGCAUCAUCUACUUCGAGAUAUGGGAAGAGAAAUCAUUCAUGAAGAAUCACCAAAGGAGCCUGGAAAGCGUAGCAGAUUGUGGUUUCAUGAGGAUGUCUAUUAUGUAUUGACUAAACAUAAGGGAACAGAAGCAGUUGAAGGCCUCAUCCUAGAUAACUCUUCUCAAAUAUUUGAAGUGCCUUUGAAUACUAAGGUAUUUACAAAGAUGCAGAAGCUAAGGUUGCUCCAAAUCAAUUAUGUACAACUCAUGGGAAGUUAUGAACUUCUUCCUAAAGAGCUGAGAUGGCUAUGUUGGCAUGGAUUCCCUUUGACAUCUAUACCUUCUAGUUUUAGCUUUGAUAAACUCGUUGAUCUCGAUAUGCAACAUAGCCGCAUUAAAAUUGUUUGGAAGGAAUUCAAGCUACUCCAAAAUUUGAAAGUCCUUAACCUCAGUCAUUGUAAUUGUCUUAUCAAAACUCCCAACUUCUUAGGGCUCCCAAAUCUUGAGAGGUUGAUCCUUGAGAGUUGCAAGACAUUGGAUGAGGUUCACCAAUCCAUUGGGUAUCUUGAUAAACUGAGUUUCCUGAACCUUCAGGACUGCAGCAACCUUAUAAAUCUUCCAAGCAGCAUUUGUAAGUUGACAUCCCUUGAAAAUUUUGUCCUCUCUGGCUGCUCAAAACUUGCAAAUUUGCCCGAAGAUCUGGGGAAUAUGGAAUCUUUAGUGGAACUUCUUGUGGAUGGAACUGCUAUAACAGGAUUACCUCUUUCUAUUAGACGUUUGAGAAACCUCAAAACCUUAUCUUUACGUGGAUCUAAAAGACCUCUUUCAAGAUCAUGGUCUUCACUAUUUUCAUCAUGGAGAUCACCAAAGAAGGGUCCUAAUCUCAUGGCUUCUUUUUCUGGUUUAUACUCCCUAAGAGAGCUAGAUCUUGGCUACUGCAAUCUGUCAGAUGCUGCAAUUCCAAACGAUUUUGGAAGCCUAUUGUCAUUGCAAACCUUGAAAUUAAGUGGAAACAAUUUCUGUAGCCUACCAGCCAGCAUCAAACAGCUAUCUCAUCUGGAAUCCCUUACUUUAAAUAAUUGCCCAAGGCUUGAACUACUCCCAGAGCUUCCAUCAAGUUUAGUGAUGUUGACAGCAAAACGUUGCACAUCAAUGGAAAGAUUGCCAGUUAACAUGGGUUUGCUUUCAAAGCUCUAUAUGGUUUUGCUGAAUGACUGCACAAGGUUGCAAUCUCUCCCAGAUGAUCUUCCCUCAAGUUUAGCUACCUUGAAUAUUGAAGCUUGCAAAUCAUUGGAAUGCUUACCUAAUCUUGAGAACCUACCAUCAUUACAUGAAUUACAUCUUAGUAACAACAAUUUCCGUAGUCUACCAGCCAGCAUAAGUCAACUUUCUCAUCUUAGAACUCUUUAUAUGCGUAACUGCACAGAGCUUGAGUCACUUCCAGACCUUCCAACAAGUUUAAGGAAUCUGUUUGCUGAUGGUUGCACAUCAAAGUUGCUUACUGAGAGCAAGAAGGAAGUUGAGAUUGCAGAAAUAGAGAGUUCAGAAUCACCAUACAAGAAAUUGCCAGAUAUUGUUAGGAAGAGCCUCCUCCAGGGACUAUUUGGCCAGUUUGACAUCUUCCUUACUGGAAGUGAUGUUCCAGAAUGGUUUAGCUAUCAGAGUAGCGGAUCUUCAUUAGCUUUUGAGGUCCCUCAACUUUUGGAUUCUAAGAUUCAAGGCUUGACGGUAUGUGCAAUUUUUGCAGCUGAAGUAGAAGGUAAUGAGGUGCUUGCAGCUCCUUCAAUUUCUUUUAGCAAUAAAACCAAUGGUCGCCGUUGGUCCUACACUCCAAAUCAACAUGAAACCCCAAUAACCCGUCAAGAUCAAAUCUGGUUUGGCCAUAUACCACAUACCGAGUUCAAAAACCCUUUGGAAUGUGGUGAUCAAGUGGAGGUUUCAGUAGAAAUAGAGCAAUAUUGGGGUUAUUUUCCAGAUAUUGUUUCUGGGAAUCCUUUCGGAUUAGAGCAUUCAAUCCAGGUGAAGAAGUGUGGGAUCCAUUUAGUAUAUCAGCCAGCUCAGAAGGGUUCUCAUUCAAAUGUUGAAGAAAUUAUCGAAGACAUUGAUUCUUCAUGUGAUAGCAUGGUUGAUGAUGGUGAUGGACCAGUAGUAAUUAAUGCAGGUUCUAAGAGAAGCAGCAAUGACAUUGAGGUGUUAUCUAUUAAUAGUUUGUCAAGUGAAGGCCAAGACCCUAAACGUUUAAGGUUUUGAGCCUUGCUAGACAGCAAGUCUUGAAGAGGAAGA